AUCCGCAUCGACGGCCAGUGCCAGGCUCGCGCCGACAUCGGACAACAGUGCAAAAAUUCGCUGCAAUGCACAGGGAACUCGAAAUGCCUGAACGAGCGGUGUGACUGUGCUGAGGAUGAGGAGAUUGCCAACAACAAAUGUGUGCGCCGGCCGAGCAGCCGGAAAUCUCAGGAAAAAGUUACAUCGACGACGACGACCACUGAGGAGACGACCUCAGAAAAGGAGAAGCCAACUACCACCGAGGACAAGGAGAAGGACGGGGAGAAACCCGUAAAACCGGCGAAGAGCAAGGGACUGUGCCCGAUCAAGGGUCAGAAAGCCUUCUACGAGAAGGGCACCACAAGGCUACGCUAUUGCUCUCCGGCGCUGGCCGACUGCCCGAAGGGCUACAAUUGCCAGUACUCAAAGCUCGAGAUGCAGAACAUUUGCUGUGGCGGGCAAACGGAGAAGCCGUCCAAGCACGCAGUGAUGUGCCCGGUGGGAAUGUCGCCAUAUCUGCUGAACGGCAAGCCAAAGUCGUGCCAGACCGGCACUUGCCCAUAUGGGUAUCAGUGCAAAUUUAGCUCGGCCAAGCACGACUAUUUUUGCUGCUCGAAGAACGUGAAGGCGAAGCGAACGUUCAUGCGAAGAAAACACGAUGGCUGCGAACGCGGGCGGGCCCUGCUUUUCCCGAACACACAGGAGCCGGUCUCCUGCGAGCCGGCCAAGAAGGGCUGCCCGGUGGGAUAUGCUUGCCUGCCGAACAUCUCGAACCAGACGUACCAGUGCUGCUCGAUUGCGAUGAGCAAGGACAACGAGAUGAUGUUCGAGGAGGUGGAAAUCGACUGCCCCUCGUACAUGACGCGGGUGGAGCGCGAGGUGAACGGCGUGAUCAAGACGUUCUGCGAAAAGCCACCUGCCCAG